CGAGAAGCCACGAGCUCACAAACCGACCUACAACACUGGCAGCGUUCGAAGAAAAAGCCCUCUAUCUCCCCCUCUCCGUUCCGCCCCCAAACGCUGCUCGUCUCGGCGGCCGGCGGCGAGCUCCGACGUGCAAGGCUUCACCGGCGACGAGGUUUGGGUUUGAUUGAGGAGGAGGCGUAGAGGCGGCGGCGCUAUGGAGGAGGACGCGGAGGGGAUGGACCGGCUCGACAUGGAGGGGGACUUCGUGGGCGGGCGGUGCGGCCGGGACGGCGAGUUCUACUACCAGAGCCGCCGCGAGCGCGCGCCCCAGACCCGUGACGACGCGCUCUACGGCGUGUUCGCGGAGGGGGACUCCGACUACGACUCCGAGGAGGACGAGGCGUCGCGCCGGCGCCGGCGGCGCAAGCGCCGGAGGGACGAGUCCGAGCCCGACCUCACCAGGCCCGUGCAGUUCGUGUCUACUGGUAACUUCGUGUCCUCGGAGAAGAAGCCCGUGGAGGAGGAAGAGGAGGAGCAGAGACCCGGGCUUGGGAACGCUGCGGCCUCCUCGUCUGCUGCCGCUGCUGUGGCCGUUGAGGAUGAGGAGGAGCAGGAUGAGUACAUUGACCUGCCCAUGGGGUUCGGGCAGAGGAUCGCUGAGGGUGCCCGGGCAAGGCGGGUGGAGAAGGAGCGGGAGCGUGAGGCGGCCGCGCGCCGCCGCAAUGCGGCGUCGGUAGGGGCGGGGUCGGGAUCUGGAAGGCCACCGCCGGCCCCUGGGAGCCUGGAGUCUAACACGAAGGUUGCUAAGAUGAUGGCUAUGAUGGGGUACAAGACUGGAUCGGGCCUUGGCAAGAAUGCUCAGGGGAUCACUGCGCCGGUGGAGACCACCUUGCGCCCCAAGAAUGCCGGACUUGGUAGCGUUGAGGGGUUUAAGGAGCCCAAGCCCUUCACUUCCAAGGAGAACUUGCCACCCCCGCCUCCUCCUCCGCCGUCUGCCAAGAAGGAAAAGCAACGGUGGUCCAAGAAGGCUAGCGUGAGGAAGGAUCAGGUCUUGACAAAGAAUGAGUUGCUGGCAAUGCGUGCCGAGCAGGAACAGGAUGAGCAGCCCACGCUUGUCCAGAAGGUGAUUGACAUGCGAGGGCCUCAAGCUCGUGUGCUGACAGACUUGAAGGGGCUCAGUGAUGAACAGGAGAUGGAGGCAAAUGAUGUGCCAAUGCCAGAGUUGCAGUACAAUGUGCGGCUGCUUGUUGAUGAGGCUAAGGCCGAUAUUGUCAGGUUGGAUGGACGGCUGCGGCGGGAGCAGGAGAAAGUGGCUAGUUUGGUGCGAGAGAAGGAGAAAGUAGCAAAGCAGGAGGCUUUGCAGAAACGCCAGCUGCAGGUUAUGGAGACAAUUGCAGGUGUGCUCGAGCAGGUCCGGGUGGAUGAUACUGCUGGUUUGCUCACUCUGGGAGGGUUGCUUAAGACCUUCCAGGAACUGAAGGUGCAGUAUGACGAGGAGUUCAAAAUGUGCAGCGUUGCAUGGAUUGCUUGCCGAUUCGCGCACCCACUACUUAUCCGGGUAUUCCAAGGGUGGCAGCCACUGCAGAAUCCGUUGUUUGGCUUGGAGGUCAUGUCAUCGUGGAAGGAUUUGCUGCAGGGAGACCAGCCAUAUGAUUUCUCAGAUGCUACUGACUCAAUGGCUCCAUAUGCACAGCUGGUCAGUGAGGUGAUCCUACCAGCUGUGAGGAUAUCAGGAACCAAUUCAUGGGAGGCUAGGGAUCCAGAACCAAUGCUCCGCUUUCUCGAGUCAUGGGAACGGUUGCUGCCUCCUAUUGUGCUCCAUUCAAUUUUGGAGCAUGUGAUCAUGCCAAAGCUGACAGCUGCAGUCGAAUCUUGGGACCCACGCAGGGAGAAGGUACCAAUCCAUGUAUGGGUACAUCCAUGGUUACCGACUCUUGGGCAAAGGAUAGAGACCUUGUGUCACUCUAUCAGGUACAAGCUGAGUAGUGUCCUCCAUGUAUGGCAAGCUCAUGAUGCAUCGGCUUAUGCUGUGCUGUCUCCAUGGAAGGGUGUGUUUGAUCCAGCAAGUUGGGAAGACUUGAUUGUGCGCUAUAUCAUUCCUAAACUCAAAGUAGCACUUCAGGAGUUCCAGAUCAACCCAGCAAGCCAGAGGUUCGACCAGUUUAACUGGGUCAUGAUCUGGGCUUCUGCUGUCCCGGUACACCAUAUGGUUCAUAUGUUGGAAGUUGAUUUCUUUAGCAAGUGGCAGCAGGUCCUCUACCAUUGGCUGUGUUCACAGAAUCCUGAUUUCAAUGAGAUCAUGAACUGGUACAAAGGCUGGAAGGGGCUUUUCCCACCAGAGUUACUCGCCAAUGAACGGAUACGGAUGCUUCUAACAGCUGGUCUCGACAUGAUGAAUCAAGCUGCUGAAGGACUUGAGGUGGUACAGCCUGGGGCAAGGGAGAAUGUGGGCUACUUGAGAGCAACAGAGAAGCGGCAAUUUGAUGCAGCACAGCAAGCAUCGCAAUCUUACCAUCCAGUGCCAGGAGCAGCCAUGGCAGAUAUGAGCUUCAAGGAGUCUAUUCAGGCAUAUGCGAUGGAACAAGGUUUGCUGUUUAUGCCUAGAGUUGGCAAAUUCUAUAACGGCAUGCCAGUGUAUGAAUUUGGCACAGUGAGUGUUUGCAUAGACUCUGUGAAGCGACUACUGUAUGCACAACCUCAAGAGGGAAUUGAAAGAUGGAGUGCUGUUUCUCUUACGCAAUUGCUGGAAAUGAACCGGAUGGCAAGACCAUGCUAGUUGAUCAUCUAAGCUUGAAGUUUCAAUUUCCAUUUUCCUGCUGUGCAGGAGUCUUCAGAAUAUGGCUUUUGAACGUUUUUGUAGGAUUAUUACUUUGCUGAAAAAUCUAGUUUCUGAUGGUGUAUCUGUAUGUGCCUUUUCACAUUUCUAUAUGAAACUCGGUUUUUGUUGUUGAAGAAUGAAUAAUUGCCACAUAACUGCUUCUAGUUGUAAAUUGAGAUUUUAUUUACUUA